UUAAUGCCAAAUAAAUCUCUUGUUAAGAUAGUUAUGGGACUUGUCAUGUCUCCUGCGGUCCUGACUGACGACACAGCGGGUCCACACCGUCACUAUGUCCACGGCUGACCUGUCCCCGACCCUGGACAUCCUCCGGUCUGUGUACCAGCACGUGCAGACUCUGGAGCAGUUCACGGACAGCAUCGUGUUCAGAGAGGGACACAGAGCUCAGCUCACUGAGCACACAGACACCAACCGCUUCAAGUCCUUCGUCAGAGGAGUGUUCGUGUGUUUCGACAAGGAGCUCCAGCAGGUGCCGAGCUGCAACCAGAUCUGCACUCUGCCUGAGCUGCUGGCCUUCGUUCUCAACAGUCUGAAGAGAAAAAGAAAAAGAAACAUCCUGGCACACGGCUACAGUUUUCUGUCGCUGGCUCAGGAGGAGCGGGACGCAGACCACUUCAAGUUCCAAGGAGAUAUCACUCAAAGCGCCGCGUACAUCCACGGCAGCGAUUUGUGGAAGAAAGUCACCAUACGCCUCGGCACAGAUAUCACACGCUACCUGUUGGAGAGCUGCUCUGUGUUUGUGGCGGUCCCUCCUUCAUGUGUUUUCCAGGUGUGCGGCGCCCCCGUCUAUGACAGGGUGUCCAUGACUACAGCCCCCGCUGGGUUUUGUCUCCAGUCUCGUGUGAGGACGCUUAACGGUGCUCAGGCUGGGAGGAAUCGAGGUGCAGUGACUGUGAGAAGGAAACACAAGGUUGAGAACGACAAGAGGAACAGAAGGGUGAAGAAAAGACAGAGACAAGCUGAUGAGAAGGACGAGGAGGAGGUUAUGACUUGUCCAGGAAAGAGGAGGCGGGUCGGACAGCAUGAACCCACACAGGAAGUCCAGGUGUGCAGUGAAUCAGUGGGGGAGGGGCAGCCCACGUCUGUGGAACCGUCACUGACUCUGAAGACUUUGGAAAAUGGCGCCACUGUUUCCAAACAGCCUGCUGAAAUGCAAACUACCACCCUUCCCUUGGAGGGAGGACCCAGCUGGAGAUCAGGGAUGUUCCCUCCUUUGCCUCCCUCACAGUGUUUCAUCCGCACACUGGGGUUCCUGUAUGGAGGAAGAGGCAUGCGUGGCUUCCUCCUCAACAGGAAGAAGAAGACUCCUGAUGGAUGCAGAAGGCUGCAAGGACCAGAUCUGGUGCGAAUAGUCUUCUUUGAGGGGCUGGCGUAUCUAAACGGGCUGGAGAGGAAACCAAAGAAACUCCCGCGGCGCUUUUUUACCAUGGUCCCUGUGUUCAGCCGGCUGCUGCGGCAGCACAGGAGGUGUCCCUACAGCAGGAUACUGCAGAGGAUGUGUCCGGUGGUGGAGGACAGAAACACACAACAGGAGGACCUGAGCUCCCUCCUGCCUCGACACUGUGCACCUCACCGGGUCUACCUGUUCGUCAGGGAGUGCCUCACCGCCGUGAUCCCUCCGGAGCUGUGGGGCUCCGACCACAACCGCCUUCAUUUCUUCUCUCGGGUCAGGGGCUUCCUGCGCAGUGGCAAGUUUGAGAGGCUCUCAUUGGCUGAACUGAUGUGGAAGAUGAAGGUGAAUGACUGUGAUUGGCUGAAGAUCAGUAAAACAGGCAGGUUCCCGCCCAGUGAGCUCUCAUAUCGGACGCAGAUCCUGGGUCAGUUCCUGGCUUGGCUUCUGGACGGUUACGUCGUAAGCCUGGUUCGAGCCUGUUUCUAUGUCACUGAGAGCGUCGGCCAGAAGAACGCCGUCCGGUUCUACAGACAGGAAGUGUGGGCAAAACUGCAGGACUUGGCCUUCAGAGGUCACCUCUCCAAGGGGCAGAUGGAGGAGUUGACUCCAGCUCAGGUGGCGUCCCUCCCCAAGACCACCGUCAUCUCCCGCCUUCGCUUCAUUCCCAAGACUGAUGGCAUGCGGCCAAUCACACGAGUCGUAGGAGCAGAUGCCAAAACAAGGGUCUACAGAGGGCGUGUGCGGGACCUGCUGGACAUGCUGCGUGCCUGUGUGCGCUCCACUCCGUCCCUGCUGGGCUCCACAGUGUGGGGCAUGACAGAUAUCCACAGGGUGCUGCGCUCUCGAGCUCCAGCUCAGAAGGACAAGCCACAACCUCUUUACUUCGUCAAGGUGGAUGUGAGUGGAGCCUAUGAGAGUCUGCCUCAUGAUAAACUCAUUGAGGUGAUUGGCCAGGCUCUGUCACCUGUCCAGGACGAACUCUUCACCAUCCGCCACUACGCCAAGAUCUGGGCCGACUCCCACGAGGGCCUGAAGAAGUCCUUUGUUCGACAGGCAGAUUUCCUGGAGGACAACAUGGGGUCCACCAACAUGAAAGGGUUUGUGACGUCACUGCAGAAAAGAGGAAAAGUUCAUCACGCCAUUCUGGUGGAGCAGCACUUCUCCUCAGAUCUUCAUGGCAGAGAGGCGCUGCAGUUCUUCACCCAGAUGCUAACUGGCAGCGUUGUUCAGUUUGGGAAGAAAACAUACCGUCAGUGCCGAGGGAUUCCUCAGGGUUCGGUGGUGUCCAGCCUGCUCUGCUGUCUCUGCUACGGUCACAUGGAGAACGUCCUGUUCAAAGACAUCACUGAAAAGAAAAGAUGUUUGAUGAGACUGGUGGACGACUUCCUGCUGAUCACUCCAGACUUACAGGAAGCACAGAGCUUUCUCAGGAUCCUGCUGGCGGGCGUACCACAGUACGGUCUGGUGGUCAACCCGCAGAAGGUGGCAGUCAACUUUCAGAUGUUAGGAAGUGUUGGCUCUUGUCCUGGGAUUCGUGUGCUGCCCCCCCACUGCCUCUUCCCCUGGUGUGGGCUGCUGCUGGACACACACUCUCUGGACGUCUACAAAGACUACUCCAGCUACGCAGGUCUGUCUCUGCGCUACAGCCUCACACUGGGGUCGUUCCACUCAGCUGGACAGCAGAUGAGGAGGAAACUGAUGGCUAUCCUCAGACUCAAGUGCCACGCCCUGUUCUUGGACCUGAAGACUAAUUCUCUUGAGGCGGUCUACAAGAACAUCUACAAGCUGGUGCUGCUUCAUGCACGCAGGUUCCACGUGUGUGUCCAGAGUUUGCCCUUUGGUCAGACGGUUGCUAAGAACCCCAUGUUCUUCCUGCAGAUGAUUCUGGAUAUGGCCGAAUACGCCAAUCAGCUCAUCAGGCUCAGCAACAAAGGACAGAUUUUAGGCAGUAAGGCUCAGAGCGGCGUCGUGCAGUACGAAGCAGUGGAGCUGCUCUUCUGUCUGUCCUUCCUGCUGGUGAUGUCACAACAUCGUCCCCUCUACAAGGAUCUGCUCCCACACCUGCACAAACGUAGGUAUCUUCAGGAAACACAUGCACACUAACUACCC